AUGGCUGGUGGGGUAUUCUCAGUGGAUAGUACACCAGUUACUGCCAUCAACGUCGGUGGCAAGUUAACACUCUCAAUCAUCAUUUCAUGCAUAGUUGCUGCAUCCAGUGGCCUCCUUUUUGGAUACGACCUCGGAGUUUCAGGAGGUGUUACAACGAUGGUGCCAUUUCUUCAAAAAUUCUUUCCAGAUAUUCUAAGAAAGGCAGCUGGUACAGAAGCAAAUCUGUAUUGUGUGUAUGACAGUCAAGUGUUGACAUUAUUCACUUCUUCUCUGUAUCUAGCCGGAUUAGUAUCAUCACUUGCUGCGAGCAAAGUCACGGCGUUAUACGGCCGGAGAAACACCAUCUUAUUUGGUGGUAUCCUCUUCCUUGCCGGUGGUUCCAUUAACGGUGGUGCUGAAAAUAUCCCCAUGCUCAUUUUGGGGCGUGUUCUUCUUGGUUUGGGAGUUGGUUUCACUAAUCAAGUAAGUCUUUACAUCUAA